GAGAAAGGGAAAGAGGAAGAGAGAGACCUCUGAGAGUGAUAGCAGGUCAGCCUGACCCAGAAUUAGAUGCUGAGGGUGAGUCAUUGGCUCCAUGUCAAGUACGGCUGCUCUGGGACUUUCCUGCACUUCCAUAUGAGUACACAGAGAGCAGCAGCAAGUCUCCCCUUCAGUGGCAACAGAAUUCGGCAGCUGAUCCGUGGGAUCCAGACGGGACUGGAGGAAAAACCAGAACAAGGAAAAGCAGGAAUUUCUGGAGUUUCUUAAGGAAAAAAUGAGUAAACCUAAUUACUCCGGCACCUAUCAUAUGGUGGAGCAGGAGAAUAUGGACGCCUACCUGACAGGUUUAGAUGUUAAUGUUGCUUUGAGGAAGAUCGUGUGUAUGUUGAAGCCCACUAAAGAGAUCAUCCAUGACCCGGAGACAGGAGCCAUGAAAAUCAACACACUCACUACCUUCAAGAAUUUCAGCAUGGAUUUUAAUAUUGGAAAAGAAUUUACUGAGGACCUGAGGAUAGUGGAUGGCCGUACCUGUCAGACUACAGUAGAUUGGGACGGAGACAAGCUGGUUUGUGUACAGCGAGGCGAGAAAGAGGGACGAGGCUGGACGCACUGGCUGGAGGGCGACAAGCUGCAUUUGGAAAUGAGAGUUCAAGGCGUCACAGCAAAGCAAGUCUUCAAGAAGGCUGAAUGAAGUCACUGAAAAAUGUUUUACAGUGAAUAGUCUCAUUUUAAAGGUAGCCGGUACGAGAGUCAUGUUUAUAGCAUUAUUUAUUAACAAUAUAUUUGAAGUACAACAGCAAAACUGAAUAUUUGUGGAAAAAAACAUUGUUCUGAGAGAAGAGAGUUGUAGAACUUUUGUAUCUUAUAAAGAAGUGAUGCAUC